GAGGACCUCGUCUUAAUGAUCAUAUCAAAGCUAAUGCAGGACAUAUUUAUGAGUUAUGGGACAUAAAAACGUGAAACUGAUGACACAUUUUUUCCUCUACUAAACCACAUCCAAUCAUGGGGACACACUUUGUCUGACAGGUUGCUCUAAUUCAGUGGUUCUCACAGUGAUACGUGGGCUCCCUCUGGUGGUACGCAAAUGAAUCUCCAUAAUAUAAUACAAAUACUUGUUCAGCAUAAAACAACUUUUUUGGGGGGUAAUGGUGGGGCGGGGGAUCGACACCCCUUUCUUUUUUACUAUCUUAGGGUGUAUUUGAGCCAAACUCAACCACCUCAAGAAGAAUAAAUAAGAUGCGAUGAUGUGGUAGUUCUGUACUUGCGUGCCAAUAUGCCGCUAGUUAUAUUGUGACUUCAAUGUAAAGUGCUGCUUUGCUGUUAAUUCCUGCGAUCAUCUUUGUUGUGUGGAGACGGAGACUAAAGAAAUUCACUCCAGGAUGAUUCACGUUUCCAACAGACUGUCCCUUCACUAUCAGCAUGGUGCCUUCACUGACCUGGUGUUCUACACUGUUGUCUUCCUCGCCCUGAUGAACUCAUGUAAAGCUCAGUCUGAGGUGAUCGUUCCAUCUCAGCCAGUAGUUUCAUUGGUGGGUGAAGACAUUAUUCUGCCAUGUCACCUGGACCCCGUCAUGAAUGCUUUUGACAUGACUGUGGAGUGGGCGAGACCUGACCUGAACCCCAGAUUUGUCCACUUGUGGCGUCAAGGCGAAGAACUGGAGACUAAAAAACAUCCGUCCUUCAGUGGAAGAACAUCAGUGUUCAUCGAUGAGCUGGAGAAGGGAAACAUCUCACUGAAACUCUCCAAAGUUAAAGUCUCUGAUGAGGGAGGAUACAAAUGCUUCAUGCCUGCAUUGUCAAAAGCCUCUUCUGUUCAGCUUGUUGUCGGUGCGGUCUCCUCACCUGUUGUUCAGAUGACCAAAAACAACAAUGGAGUGUUGUUAGAGUGUGAGUCUGCAGACUGGUAUCCAGAGCCAGAGAUGUUUUGGCUGGACGGCGAGGGAAACCUCCUCUCUGCUGAACCCACUGAGACAGUCAGAGGUCCUGAUGGUCUCUACACUGUCAGCAGCAGAGUGACUGUGGAGAAGAGACAUGGGAGGAAGUUCACCUGUAGAGUCACACAGAGGAAGAUCAACCAGACCAGAGAGAAGCACCUCACUAUUCCAGAUCAUCUCUUCACGUUCCCCAGCACUGUUGUUAUCGGCGCUGUGAUUGGCUGUGCUGCUUUGCUGUUCAUUCCUGUGAUCAUCUUUGUUGUGUGGAGACGGAGACAAAAGAAAUUCAAAAACAAGAAGAGGAGACACAAGGGGAGAAGCAGAGAAGGGGAGGUGGACACAAGGGGAGAAGGGGAGAAGAGGGGUUGGAUACAAGGGGAGCACGGGAAGUGGACACGAGCAGUGGACACGAGCAGGGGGAGGUGGACACAAGGGGAGCAGAUGAGGUGGAAACAGCAGGAGAAGUGGGAACAGGAGUGAGUAGAAGAGUGAAUACAGUGUCAGACUGUUGGUUGAUCUGAGGUGUGGGCAGUUCUAAAACAACUGACACAGCUGAUGAUUCCACGAAGACACCAUGGUCUAAUAAUGGAGCCUUUGUCUGUGUGGCUGAGAGAUCCUCACUUGGUACAUGUGACUCUAAAAGAAGAAGAAACAAACCAAGAGCAGGAGCAGGGACAAAGACGAGAAACAAAUGAUGGAGACGAGAGUGAACAGGAGACAGUGAAACCAGUUAGAGACGAUUCAGGACUUUCAAUACAAAUAAAAUGCAUCAACACUGAUCAGAAGAUGAAGAAGGAAGAGACACAGCAAGAGGCAGUGAGUGAAGAAGACGAGAAAGAGACAAAAACUGAGAAGGAGAGAACAAAGAAUAAGAAAAGAGGAGGCUCUGGAUCAACAGGACGGAAGAAGCAAAAGGAGAACCGGAGAGAAGAAAUCAAACUGAAGGCAGAUAGAGAGAGGUCGAAGAGCAAAGAGAAGCUUCAGUUAGAGAUGAAAAAGAGAAAACAUAAAGAUGACAUGAUGCUCAACCAACGAAGGGGAAUUCAGGACCAGCCUCUUUUAGAAGACAGGAAACAGGAGAGGAGUCAGACAGAACCUGAGGAUAGAGGAGAAAGAAACCAAGAAGAAAACCAAAGUACCCUCACUAAAACAACAGAAGAGAAGGCAGGGGACACUUACAAAGGAGCAGACAGUAAUGAAAA